AUGGAACAACCCCUUGGUGUUGAGGAAGCCGCACACGACAACACGAAAGCCACCACUGUCGAUCCUUCAGCCGGUUGCAAAGACCAGGAACGAGCUCAGCGGAGUGCCGAGGCUUCUCCAAGAGCCACCCAAUCUGAGUCGGCGGUCAAGUCUCACCCCAAAGGAGGCGCCUCGCCUCAAGCUACCCACCCUCAACAACUUCCCGUCAGCGAAGGCGGCCGCUCCGUCAAGUCUAUCGUCGCCUGGCUGGAGUCCUCCGGCCCAUCGCCCUCGCCGACCAAGAGCUUCUCGUCGCCAAAGAGGGCCACUACCACCAGCAGCAGCCCCAAAGCCGGCUUCAAGGCGAGCCGAUCUCUAAGUGCCUUUUCCCAGGCCCAACUUUCCCGCGUGUCAUCAUAUAACGUCCGCACUGCCCCGGACGUGGAGGACUACGAGCUGUCGUACCUCAAAUACAAGGAGUACUUUACUGAGAAGCCACUGGGGCGGUGCCUCGACGGCGUGACUGAGGACUUGUCAAAGAUGUCUCUCGAAGACAUGUUGGAGAACGCGGAGAAGAGCGCGCACUCUGAGCCGACUCUUGUUCGUGUACACGGAAUCGUGGAUGAGGCCACAAUCGCCGAAGAAACAGCCGCCAACGACGAUGUCAUCGUGGAGAAACCCACCGGUGAACAGCUCUCACGCGGUUUGGGUGCGACACUGCCAGACGACAACGAACGCGAACGCCCUGCAGAAGCAAACGCCGAGCCCACCGGCGAGACCGCCCCCGCCGAUGCCCCAGCCAAGAGUACAGAAGCACCCGGCAUAUGCGAUGCCGCGAUCCAGGAUGCGGAGCCGACAACUGACGCCGAACUAGAAGUAGCCGCGGCUUUGGAAGACAAAGAUACCUUCAUGGAGCGAAACCCCGAGGAGGUAAAGGCCUUUUGGGCGGGUGUCCGCUCAUUCGUCGCCAUCUCUGACGACGAUCUCGACUCCGACGACACCGAAAAGAAGAGGAAGAAACACGCCCGGCGGUACAGGAAGGAUAUUCCAGCUGCCGGCACGAGCCCCGGCUCAGUCUCGCUGGCGUCGACGGCCCAUCCAGCCCGCCUAUAUGGCCCCAGCGGCGACAGCUUCACCCUCUCUAUGAGUCCAUAG